GGGCAGGGGGCACCCCGAGGGUGGGGGGCGCGAUGGGGGCGGGCGGCCGCGGGGCUGCACAAUGCGGCCAGGCCUGGGGUGGAGAGCAACGAGGUGUGGCUGCUCUCCCCCAGGCAGGGACCACCCCCCCCCGGGAGGAUGAGCAGGUGCCCGGGGGUCUUGGCGCACCCCUAAACCCCCAGCCGGGGCCGGGGGGGGCAGCUGACCCCGGGCCCGGCCAUGGAGCCCCCCCUGGACCCCGACAUCAUCUCCGCCUCCGAGCGCCUGGCCCGGCGCCGCAGACUCGUCUACAGGCGGCCCGCGGAGGAGCAGGCUGCGAGGCCAGGGGCCCAGGCAGGAGCCGCACUUUGGCAGGUGGCCUCCCCCCUGGAGCGGUCCCGGCGCCGGGUGCUGGCCGUCACCCUGGAGGAGUGUCCUGCCCCCCGUGCCCCCGUGUGCCAAGGGGCAUCAUCCCCCUCCCUCCAGGAGCCCCCCACCACAGGAGAUGGGACAGAUGAGAUGACAGGGCCCAGCCUACCAGUUGUGAGGGGGCGGAGCCCUGGGGCUAGCUCCUCCUCCUCCUCUUCCUCCGACCAAUGGGAGUGCUGCCGGCAGCCAGAGCCGCCCCCCGCGGCACCGUGGCCCCCGCCCCUGUCGGCCCUGCUGCGCCCGGCGUCCGUGGCUCCCGCUAGCGCCCCCCGGGCCUGGGGCCUGGCCCCGCUGGUGCAGUCGGUGCGCUCCAAGCUGGAGACCUUCGCCGACAUCUUCCUGACCCCCGGCAAGGCCCCGCGGCCCCCGCCGGCUCGGCCCCCGCCCCCCGGCCCCCUCAACAUCCAGGUGAAGAUCGCCAUCGCCAGCCCCCGGCCCCCCAUCCGCCAGUGGCGCGAGGCGCCGGGGCCCCCUCCCCGCAGCCUGGGCCGCAGCGUCUCCUGUCCCGACCUGCCUCCCCGGACGCCGGGGUCCCUGGGGCCGACCGCCGCCGCCCCGGCCACCCCCCGCCAGCGCCGCCACACGCUGGGGGGCGGGGAGCUGGCCCGGCCCUGCCUGCGCAAGGAGGUCUACCCCUUUGGCCCUGGCGCCCGCUGGUCCCCGUUCGGCCCUGCCAGCCACAUGGCCCGGUGCGACCCGGCCCCCGCUGACCCUGACACCGCCCCUGAGGCCCCCGGCAGCCCUGUGAUGGACAGGGACAGGUCCCCGUGCUGCCAGCCCCCCGAGGUGGGGUGCGACCCGGCCACCAAGGGUGUGGUGCCAGCCACGGACUCCCCACAGCGGCCACCGGGGAAGGUGUCGCGAUUCCGCAUCCAUAGGACGCCGGCCCGGCAGCAGGCCAACCUCACGCCCAUGGGGCUGCCCCGACCCGUCCGGUUGAACAAGAAGGAGUUCAGCCUGGAGGAAAUCUACACCAACAAGAACUACCGCACCCCCACCGAGAAGAGGACGUUCGAGACGAUCUUCGAGGAGCCGCGGUGGCGGGACGGGACGCUGGUGCUGACGGGGCAGCGCAAGCUGAAGCGGGCGGUGGAGUUCGCGCCGGGCGGGGGCCCCCGCAAGCAGCGCCGCGCCCGGCCCCGGCCCCCCGGGCCCUCCCGCGGCCGCCGCCAGCCCCCCGGCCCCCGCCCCGACCUGGAGCAGCUGCUGCGGUGCCGCCUGGCUGAGCUCGACGCCCUCUUUGGUCCCGAGGCCACCGGCGCCCCCUAGUGCCUGCCCUUGCUGCCCCGCUCCGGGCACGCUGGGCCAGUUUACCCACGAUGCCUGGCGCUGGGGGGAGCGGGGCCUGCCCACGAGGCCCUGCUCCUGGCAUGUUUGGGAUGACCCACAAUGCCUUGUGUGUGGGGGGUGCUACCCAGAAUGCCUUGUCCCUGCCGUACCAGGGGCCUGUCCACCCCACAAUGCCUGCCCCGCCCUGCCUCGCCCCGCCCUUUUGCGGCGGGAGGGGCCGCGGGAUGCCCUGUCCAGGCGCUGCCCCCCCCCGCGCUGGGCCCUGUGGCUCUGCCCGGGCAGGGGGCACAAGGGCUGAAGGCCCCGGCCGCCCGGCUCGGGGCCCCGUGUUGCGUGUCUGUGUUUGGAGAUAUAUAUUUCUAUUAAAGUUUUCAGUUAAAA